AUGGCGACUACCAAAACAGAAACAAAGGCUCAUUGGAUCGCGCACCUCCCAAUUUGGUUAUGCAAAUUUGAUAAAAGAGCGGGAAUUGUCUCAUGCCAAAAAUGGUUCUACAAUGACAGUGGUAUUGAGAAGCUCUUUUAUUUAUCCGACCUCGUUAUUAAAGUGAACCCUUUAUACGACCUCGUUAUUAAAGUGAACCAUUUAUACGACCUCGUUAUUAAAGUGAACCCUUUAUACGACCUCGUUAUUAAAGUGAACCCUUUAUACGACCUCGUUAUUAAAGUGAACCCUUUAUACGACCUCGUUAUUAAAGUGAUCCAUUAUACGACCUCGUUAUUAAAUGAUCCAUUAUACGACCUCGUUAUUAAAGUUAACCUUUUAUACGACCUCGUUAUUAAAGUGAACCCUUUAUACGACCUCGUUAUUAAAGUGAAAUCUUUAUACGACCUCGUUAUUAAAGUGAAAUCUUUAUACGACCUCGUUAUUAAAGUGAACCCUUUAUACGACCUCGUUAUGAAAGUGAAAUCUUUGUAG